AUGACAUCCACCUUCACGCCAGUACUACUAGUGUCCACUGUCGAGUAAUUAUCAACACCAAUUACUUGUAGUUCCAGGGCACGACCUGGUGAGACACUCGCAACUAAUCCGCUCUGCUAGUAGCACGCUUUUGUCUUUCUAAAACUAUGGCUUUAUCAUCUUCACCCAUGAAAGACUACGAGAUAUUCAUGUCCACGGUCCAGAAGCCGCCCGAACCAGAGCAAAGCUUUGAGGAGAUACGCGUGAAGGACUACGUCAAAGCAUACACAGCGACCGGUCGACCACCAGCACCAGUCCCAGAUCUACCAAAUACCCCAAAUGCUAGAUAUGCACUCGGCUUACCACCGAUAUUUUCUCCCAUUCCAAUAGAAUCGACUACGAGCAUCAGCUCUACAGGCACUGUGGCCGAGAAGGCCAUAACAAACCCCAGUGAUUUGCCCACCAUCCAAGUAUUUCAGGCGACUAAAACACCAAUCGAAGGGCAGUUCCAGAGCAUUACAGCACAGCCUACUUUCAGUUUAUUCUCCUAUGAGGAAUUGCGGCUUUAUGCAUAUCUUUCAGGGAACAUCAUGCCUCCGACCCCACUUCCAUCAGAAAUACUCUCUUCGGACAACGCGUCAACACAGGUCGUCCAUCCAUUUUACGCCAAUGAUUCAGCAGCAACUGCGUUCGCGCGUACCAGUGUGGGCCCUGACGCUCCAGAUGCCUACAUGAGCAUCACAACGUCUCUCAAAUUCAACAAACAUUCAUUCGAGGAACUACGGCUAGCACACCAUCUUUCUGGCAAGGAGCUUACCUCCAUCGAAAUUCCGACACGUGAGUCUCUAGAGUUAGAGACAGACGAAAUCGAUAAUGUUUUUGGUAGCUGCCCAGGGUAAUAUUCUGGGGCCAAACCAAGGCCAAAUCUCCGCAACUGUACCUGCCCCGGCUCCUCCACUCCUCCUUGGACGCCCCCGUGGCGAAACAAUACGAUAGCGAAACCUUUACAUUCUUUUUGAGCUUGGUUGUUGUUUGUGUCACUUGCCGUAUAUCAUCAUCGUUUCGUGCUAUCAUCGCUUCGUACUUGUACCACAGAAUCAUUGAUGUUGUUCUGGGUAAUGAUCGAGAAGUUUAAUGUACACAACAUGUAUUCGAGUCAAAUUAGGUUUUUGGGGUGUGUUGGUUAAUUCAUCAUUGACCUCUCUGCUUAUACCGCAACUUGCUCAAUCCUCUCAGCUGAAGAUUCAAAGUCACAAAUGAU